AUGGUGGCGUCGCUGGCGGGCUCGUUGGCUCUGGUGACCUGCAGAGAGCCGCUGCGGGUGUCGCUUACGCAGCACCUGCGGCAGCUGCUGCAGCCAGCAACUGCUAAAGAUGAUGCUGAUCAGGUGUUGGUGGAGCAGGUGGUUCAGAUAGUGGGUUCAGAUAACUUAGAAUUGGGUUGUGCGGUGAUAGAGCAGGCGGUGGUUGAGCGGGUGCUGCGGGAUGUAGAGCUGCAAGUUUAUAAAGAUUUCAUGGCUCUAGGAACACUCAGAAAAAUGCAGCAGUCUGCUGCUGCUGCUGCUGCUGCAGCACAACAACAGCAGCAGCAACAGCAACAGCAGCAACAACAUCAGCAACAUCAACAGGGAAACGUAGGACUUGCAGCUCAGGCGCUUGCUGGGGGAGCCGGAGCACUGCUGAGGCAGCAGCAGCAGCAGCCUGCUGCAUUUGCUGCAGCAGCAAGAGCGCAGCAGCAGCAGCAGCAGCAGCAGCAGCAGCAGGUGGACCUUUCGAAGCUACGUACCCUUUCUUCUCAGGAGUUAGAGGUGCAGCAGCAGCAGAAGUUGCUGCUAUCGCGUGCUGCUUCAGCCACAUCUCCCGCAGCAGCAGCAGCAGCAGCAGCUGCUGCUGCUGCUGCUGCAGCGGCUCCUACACCACAUCUCCGGCAGCAGCAGCAGCAGCAGCAGCAGCUGCUGCUGCUGCUGCAGCGGCUCCUACAGUUGUUGCUGCAGCUCCUUCUAGUGCCCCCGCCUCAGCAUCAGCAACAGCAGCAUCAGCAUCAGCAGCAUCAGCAGCAGCAGCAGCAGCAGCAGCAGCAGCAGUACGAGAACCCCUUUAUAUUCCUCCUGCUGGCUCUCUCAGCAACGCAGAAGUUUUAG